CUUGUCGCCACCACCACGUACACGCAACGGGCCGCUGCUCCUGAUCUCAUAGUCAAAGCUGAUUGCUGUAAUUUGCGGCAUCCUCGGUUCUUGACCAGUCGGACGGGAGUGGCCCCGCGAUCUUCAAUUGAUUUGCGCAGACUCCUUUCGCUGGGAGCGACCUGUCCAACGCUGGACAGUAAAAUCAUCCUGAACUGUUGUACGCGUAGGCGCAUGAUUUUAAGUUGAAUUGCCCAACCUUAACUUCUCUUUGUGUUCUCGGCGUUGGACUAAAAAACUCACGUUUUCUCGCGUUCCGCUCCGAUCUGUCGUUGGCAACAAAAAAAGAGCCUGAGCAAGGAUUUGCACAUGCGCACGCUCUUCGCGCGCACGCACGUACAUAACACUCGCACACAUCCACCAACCUGUCCUUGUUUACGAGGACGGGACGGCAACGCUUUGGUGCGCCCAUCGGCCCUGCACAGCUCGCUCUCGUGCCUUAAAGAACGUGUUCGCUUCUUUCGCCACGCUCGCGUGUCGGAAAGCGAAUCCCGCCUGAUUCGAGCUGUUUGGGUGUCGUGCUGAUACCCUGACGGGCGGGGCGCUAUAAUUAGGCCGUUUUAUAAGUUAGGGAACCGCUUUUGGGCAGCCAAAUCGAGGACGACGUCCUCGAGGGGAUCGAACAUCUACCGCUGCGAGAGAUCGGCCACGCCAUUACAACGACGGCUAUUUGGAAACUGGCCGAAUAAAGCGACUCGGGACGGCCUGGACGUGGUUGUGACAGGUAGAAAGAGGCGCGUGAGCGAAGAGCAUGCGGAGAAUGGUAGCUGCGCUCCGUCCGACUGAGGCGCCAGCAGACGACAGCUCGUCUUCCUUUACAAAACCGGGCUCGCUUUCGAUCGAAUCGUCAUAGAACGAGACUUCCAAUCGCCUCUUUCUUCGAGCCGUCGCGAGGAGGACCCGCUGGCAGGCGAAAUGGUCGCGCACUCCAAGACUGGCUCCAAUGGGUCGAGCAAGGACGGUUCGGCAAAGAAGAGCUCCUCUACACCGAAGCCUGCGCCGGCAAAAGAGAAUUGGAAGCUUGAAAGAGGCUUUGGAAAGGAUGGCGCAGCACAACGCGCAGCCGCCGACGUUGAGGGGCUCAAGGGCUACCAGCUUGGCGACUGCUUGGGCAAGGGAGCCUUCGGGAGCGUGUACAAGGCGCUGAACUGGGGCACAGGCGGCACUGUGGCGAUCAAGCAGGUGGGCUUGUCGCAUCUGCCAAAGACCGAGCUGAAGAACAUGAUGCAAGAGAUUGACCUGCUGAAGAACCUGCACCAUCCCAACAUCGUCAAGUACCACGGCUUCGUCACGAGCGCGGAGAAUCUGUACAUCAUACUCGAGUACUGUGAAGGAGGUAGCCUGCAGAGCAUGUGCAAGACGUUUGGCAAGUUCCCAGAGACUCUGGUCGCUCUGUACCUCUCCCAGGUGCUACAAGGCCUGCUAUUCCUGCACGAACAGGGUGUCAUCCAUCGAGACAUCAAGGGCGCUAACAUUCUAACCAUGAGGGACGGGCUGGUCAAGCUGGCGGACUUUGGCGUGGCGACCAAGGGCAACGUGGGAGAGUCAAGCGUCGUCGGCACGCCGUACUGGAUGGCCCCAGAAGUCAUCCAGCUGUCGGGUGCCACGACGGCAUCGGACAUCUGGAGCCUGGGCUGCACAGCCAUUGAACUCCUCGACGGCAAGCCGCCGUACAGCAAUCUGCAGCCCAUGCCGGCGCUGUUCCGCAUCGUCAACGACGAUCACCCUCCUCUGCCCGAAGGCGCUUCCCCGGUUGUCCGCGACUUCCUCAUGCAAUGCUUUCAGAAAGACCCCAACCUCCGUGUGUCGGCAAAGAAACUGCUCAAACACCCGUGGAUUGUCAAUGCAAAGCGAGCGGAUGCGGUCCCAAGAGGCCCGGAAAAACCUACGGCCUACGAAGGCGCAGCGCACGCCAUCAAGGAAUGGAAUGCGGCACUGCAAUCGCCCGAGGGAGAGUCGAUACGACGACAAGCACGCCAAUCUUCGUCGAGCCCGGCGCCAGCUUCACGAGAUCCAAAACCAUUGCAGCUCAAAACGCCUGGCUUUACUAAGACCGGCGUGAGCCAGUCCAAACCCAAGCCGUCUCUAGACGCCCUUGCCUCUCCCGAGCUUGACACGGACGACAAUUGGGACUCGGAUUUCGACCCUCCAACAAGCUCGGGAGGGUUGCAGCUACAACGUCUGAAGCCGCAGGACCACUUUGGUGGUUUGUUCAGCCACGAACGGAUGAAGUCUUUGGCGACGUUCGGUUCCAUAGCAGAGGAUCCAGCAGACGAGGAGACGGACUUGACGAUAAGGAGUCCCGUUGAGCUGUCGCAACUCGAUCCCUUGGAAACAGUGCGAGCGAUCACCCCCCAGAAGAAGAAAAAGUCGGAGGCGAAGCCAAAUCCACAACCCAACAGCAGAUCUCAGAGGAUGCCUCCUCAGCCAAAAUUCCAGCCGUUGAGCGAACCUGCGAAGAAGGUGAAUUUGCCGGCAGGAAAACUGCGAUUGACUGCGCCGCUAUCGAGGCCGACGAGCAUAUAUCAGGAAGAGUCGGACGAGGACUUUUCCGACAUGCUGGAUGAUACUGACGAUGAGAUCUUCCAACGGAAGCUUCAGGAACUGCGGCUAAAGGAAGAGAGGUCUUUCUCGCCUCGCUUGUUUCACCCCUCCGACCUGAAGAACCCUCCUCGUCCGGUUGCAAACGGGCGGAAGAGCGGUAGCUUGAGGCGCUAUCCGACACCCGAGGAACAGAAUCAGAACAUCCCACGAUCGCGAUCCUCAGUCGAGAUCCAGAAGUAUGCGGAAGACGAGAACGAAGAUCCCGAGGAUUUCUUGGGCAAGGACGUCGUCCUUCCCGUCCACGAGUCAGACAGCGGUUCCGAGCCGAGCACGCUUAUGAUGUUGAACUCUAAAUUAUCCACGAACUCAUGGCUGGGCGACGAAGACGAAGAGGACGACCCUUUCGCGCAGCUCGAGGAGGAGUUUGACGAGCUGGAUCCCAAGAUCACAAUUGCACGAGACCGACACGCAAGGCUUUGCAAAUUCGUCGAAGAUCUUGUUGGUGAAAUCAAGAUUUCCAAGGCACCAGACAUGCUCGCGGAGUACUCUGAACAACUCAUGCAGGUCCUGGUCGAAUCGCCCGAGCUUAAAGGCGUCAUCAUCAGCUCUCAUGGCAUGCUACCUAUCCUCGAAAUCCUGGAAAACUGCACCAUGCAAGACGUCGUGCUUCGCUUACUCAAAAUCGUAAACAUGAUCAUCUAUGAGAACGAAGAACUUAUGGAAACACUGUGUUUCUUGGGUGGCAUCCCCAUCAUCAGCCGCUUCGCCGAUCAACGAGUCAGCAGUCAGAUAAGACUUGAGGCUGCCGCUUUUGUCCGCCAGAUGUGUCAGGGCUCCACCUUGACGCUGCAAAUGUUUAUCGGCUGCGGCGGAUUGAACGUGCUCUGCGACUUCUUGGAGGAAGAUCUGGAAACGGAACGAGAUCUAGUUCUCAUUGGUGUCAUGGGAGUGUACAACGUAUUCGAACUUCAGGGCCCGACACCAAGAAAUGACUUCUGUCGCAUUCUAUCGAGGAACAAUAUCCUCUACCCGCUGUCGCUUGUGCUUAAUAAGGUGCUAUAUGAGCGUUCUGAGCUGAGCGAGCAGAUCGAGGGACGCAUCGUGCACAUUUUCCACAUAUUUUCACAAGCAGAAAAUUACGUGAAGGAAGUCAUCGCCGACAAUCAAAUUUUGAAGCGGGUCCUUAAAGAUCUUCGUCGUAUGUCUCCGGCUCAUCAGAUCACGAUGCUCAAAUUCAUAAAGAAUUUGUCCAUGUUGGACCGCACACACGAAGCUCUCGAGUCUGCCAACGCGAUUGAGAUCUUGGCCGAAUUGCUGUCGAGUUCGAAGUCGAAGCCAAACUUUCUCGAGAUCUCCAACCAGAUUCUGAACACCAUCUACAACUUGUGUCGUCUCAGCCACGAACGACAAGCAGAGGCUGCACACUGCGGCUUGAUACCUAUCCUCCAGGACAUAGUCUGGACGGAACGGCCGUUGAAAGAGUUUGCCUUACCCAUUUUGUGUGACAUGGCACAUUCAGGGAAGAUGUGCCGAAAGAUCUUGUGGAGCAACAAAGGCCUCCAGUUCUAUGUCAAGCUGUUGUCAGACAAGUAUUGGCAGGUUACUGCUCUGGAUGCCAUCUUUGUCUGGCUACAAGAGGAGACUGCAAGGGUGGAGCAACACUUACUUUCGGGUGACUUUAGUCGGGCGGUGGUGGAAUGUUUUACAAACCCUGAAGCAUCGCCGGAUGCCUUUGAAAAUUUCCUUGAUCCGCUCCAAAAAAUGCUCAGGAUCAGUCCAGCGAUUGCGGCCACGCUUGCACAUCCGGAUCUUUUCGCAAGGACAAGCCAGAAGCUGAACACCAAGAAAGCUGUGGUGAAGCUGAACUUGCUCCGUAUCAUCAAGAGCAUAUGUGACGCGAACGAGGAGCAUGGCGGUGCUACGCUGAUUCGCGUUUAUGGCUUGUACGAAGCCAUCGAGCGACUGAAGGAAUCUGAUCCAGCUAUCCUGGUUCGAGAGAUGGCGUCCGAACUUAUCAAUGCUUGUGAGGUCGGAUCACGCAGGAGCUUUGAAGGCGCACGAGUGAGAACAGGGAUGAGACGUGCGAGCUCGAGUGCGAGCACCAUGACGCCACCGCCCUUGCCAACGUCAGGUCUCCUUGCCAGUCAUAACAUACCGAUAGAUGAACGUAAAGGAACGCCACGUCAUUUACGCGAAGCGAGAAGCUCCUACUUUGAAAGAAGAAGCACGGAUGUUUUUGACUCGGCCGUGAGACGAGAGCGCAUGGGCAGUUCCUCGAGCCUGGCGAGUUUGGGGGUCAGUGGAAGUCUGACGCCCGGACAGUUUAGACCGGCUAGUCGAGAUAGUAGUUCGGCAGACCGAACUCGCGAAAGAGGAUUCAGCGCCAUUUCGGACGUCAGCUUGAGCGCUCUCUCACAAAGCGGUUCGAGCGAUCGUCCUCCAUCUCGGUCGAUUCGUCUUGAAACAAACAACGUUCCUUGGGCCAGCACUCCACCUUCAUCCGGGUCCGUUUCGACCAACGAAGAAAAUUCAAAGGGUGCCCGACUACCAAGGGCCAGUGCUGGAACUAGAAUGACGAGGCUAAGUUUGGCCGGUACGAAGAGCCGUCUUAAGACAGGUGGCAGCGAAGGGUCCUCGUCAACGACUUCGACACCGACGCACGCUCAAGCUUCCGCGGAGAGCAAAUUGCACAGCCAAGCAGGGACGCCGACUUCACGUAUCGGUAGUGGUCUUAAUCCUCUUCGGAAAAGGAGGCAGACAAGCGGUGACAUCGGCUUAGGCAGGCACGUGCCAUGAGAACCUUAGCUAUGCCAAAGAGUAUUCUAUUCUUUUCCAGUUAACCUAGACCGCAUUCUACUGUAUGCAACACUCUCACGAGGGGAUGACCAUGUCUACAAAUCGGGGUUUCCUUAUUGUCAAGUAGAACUAUGUGCAAGCACGCACUUCAUAGCAUGGCGUUGGCGGAUCAUAUCAAUUUUCAUUUAAUCAUUCGGCUGCUUUGACAUGUUCCCUUCGCACGGCAAAAGUAACGAAAGAUACGCUUGGGUGCUGGCUGGGUGAUUCCAAGAUCAGAAACGAGAAAAAGGUAAAGGUCAAAGGCCAAAGGCCAAAG